AUGGACACGGGAGUCCUAUUCUACGAGAUUGAUCCACCGUACAUCCACGAGGCCCCGGUGCGUGGCGAGUAUUACAUCUACUGUGCGGUACCUCGUAUCCGUAAUUAUGUAGUUCGUGGUAGACCUUUCCAGUACCCUAUUAGGUCAGCAUACUUUAAUCCUGAUGCACCCUAUAACUUUCCUUUAUCUUGGUUACACCCCGGCGGAUCUGGGAUACCUCAUCCUGAGGAGCAGAUGCCACCUCCACCUGACCAUCCUCCUCCACCUAAACCUCCUCUACCUGAUGAGCCUAUACCUGCCCAGCUUAUCCAUGAGGCACCUCCUGCACCUUUUGUCCUUGAUGAGUGGGGUGUUCCUGUGUUGCCACCCGAGCUUGAUCCUUUACCUGAGCCGAUCGAGCCUCCUGUCUUUGAUGAGCAGUAG